AAAAGAAUUGGAAAUCUGAUUUGGAUUCGAGAGUGCUUGUGUUCAACGGGCAAAGCAAAGGCUCGUGAAAUAGGGGAGAGAGGGAGAAAUGUGCAGCUUUUUUGGACUGGAGGAAGAAGGACUAGAGAUUUGCCACUUUUGAGAAGGCUUGGAGGUUGGUUUGUUUUCAAACUGUUGUUUCGUCCCUUUUUCUCUUCUGGGUUAUGCUACAUCCCUCAGCAUUAUUAAAGAAAACUUAAGUGUUACUACCCACGUGUAGCUGGUAGCUUUAUUUUUAAGGUAGUUUUGGUAAAGGAACUGACAGACUUCUGCCCUUCAUCAAAGGCUCGUCACGUUUGAAGCUGAAAUGGAACUGUUUUUCUCCCAAACACUACAUAUUGUAAAACGGGAGUGAGGACGAAAAUACGUUGUUUACUAAUCUCCAUACGACUCCCCGAUAUUCAGCACCCACGAGGGAUGCUUUACAAAGCUUGAUGUGGAAAAGAAUUGGAGUGUGUUCUGAGACUUUGUUUUCCUAAAGUAUCCAGCGGCUUAAUUGUUGACUUUUUUAGUGGAUUCGUAACAUGCUUUUAUGAAUUAAAUUUUGCCACCAUUUGUACAGAAGCCAAAUGACACGUGUGUUUUGAAACACGGUUCCAAAUAUAUCCAUCCCUGUACCCGGAUUCUCGCUAGAAAGAGCCGGAGAGAGAUUGUCAGUAUCUGAAUAAAUCUGAUUUUACUGUUUUGUGAACAUUAUACUCCUCAGAAAUGUUGCUAUAGAUUGCUUUAUUCUGGUUCAGCAGAAGGGGAGAUUUUUCCAGCUUGCAAGACCCGGGAAACUGGAUACUUAAAAUCACUUAAAUGUUUUAACAGCAUUGGAAAAUGGGAGCUGCUACUAAGUUGGCGUUCGCUGUUUUUCUUAUCUCAUGUUCUUCAGGUGCCAUACUAGGCAGAUCAGAAACACAGGAGUGUAUCUACUACAACGCUAAUUGGGAAAAAGAUAAAACAAAUCGCAGUGGCAUUGAACCUUGCUAUGGUGAUAAAGAUAAAAGACGACACUGUUUUGCUACAUGGAAGAAUAUUUCUGGAUCCAUUGAAAUUGUGAAACAAGGUUGCUGGCUGGAUGAUAUCAACUGUUACGACAGGAAUGAUUGCAUAGAAAAGAAGGACAGCCCUGAAGUGUUUUUCUGUUGUUGUGAAGGCAACAUGUGUAAUGAACGCUUUUUCUAUUUUCCAGAAAUGGAGGUCACCCAACCAACUUCCAAUCCUGUUACACCUAAGCCACCUCUGUUCAAUACCUUGCUUUAUUCAUUGGUGCCUAUAAUGGGAAUUGCAGUGAUUGUACUCUUUUCGUUCUGGAUGUACAGACAUCACAAGCUAGCGUAUCCUCCAGUACUUGUUCCAACUCAAGACCCUGGACCACCACCACCUUCCCCUCUGAUGGGUUUGAAGCCAUUGCAGUUACUAGAGAUCAAAGCUAGGGGAAGAUUUGGUUGUGUGUGGAAAGCUCAGCUACUAAAUGAGUAUGUUGCAGUCAAGAUAUUUCCUAUUCAGGAUAAACAGUCAUGGCAAAAUGAAUAUGAAAUCUACAGUUUACCUGGAAUGAAGCAUGACAAUAUUUUACAGUUCAUUGGUGCAGAGAAACGAGGCACUAGCAUUGAUGUGGAUCUCUGGUUAAUUACAGCAUUUCAUGAAAAGGGUUCAUUAACUGACUUUCUCAAGGCUAAUGUGGUUUCUUGGAAUGAAUUAUGUCAUAUUGCUCAAACUAUGGCUAGAGGUCUGGCUUAUCUUCAUGAGGACAUACCAGGGCUAAAAGAUGGACAUAAACCUGCCAUCUCACAUAGGGACAUCAAAAGCAAGAAUGUGCUGCUGAAAAAUAAUCUUACAGCUUGUAUUGCUGAUUUUGGUCUAGCUUUAAAGUUUGAGGCUGGAAAGUCUGCAGGGGAUACGCACGGACAGGUUGGUACACGGAGGUAUAUGGCUCCUGAGGUACUAGAAGGUGCUAUAAACUUCCAAAGGGAUGCGUUUUUGAGAAUAGAUAUGUACGCUAUGGGAUUAGUCCUCUGGGAAUUGGCAUCACGAUGUACUGCCUCAGAUGGUCCUGUAGAUGAGUACAUGUUGCCAUUUGAAGAAGAAAUUGGCCAGCAUCCCUCCCUCGAAGACAUGCAGGAAGUUGUAGUUCAUAAAAAGAAGAGACCUGUUUUAAGAGAGUGCUGGCAAAAACACUCUGGAAUGGCAAUGCUCUGUGAAACCAUAGAGGAGUGCUGGGAUCACGAUGCAGAAGCCCGGUUGUCAGCAGGCUGCGUAGAAGAACGGAUUAUUCAGAUGCAAAAAUUAACUAACAUUAUAACAACAGAGGACAUCGUGACUGUGGUCACAAUGGUGACAAAUGUUGACUUUCCUCCCAAAGAAUCCAGUCUAUGAUAGUUGCACUGGUCGUGUCACUGACCAACCAGACUCUUAACUGGAGCUGCUAAAUCUAACGAGACUGCUCACAUUAUUACUGUUUUCUGUGUGAAAAGAAUGGUAAGUCUCUUUGGAACAUCAUCAAGAGGUGUUUUUUCCUUUAUUUUUUUCCCUUCCUCUCUCCUCCCAGACAUGGAUCUGUGAGACUUUUUGCAUUCCCUGCUUACACCUGAAGGACACGUGACUGAGAAAGGGUAACAUGUUAUUAAGGAACUUAAAUGAAGAAUACGGACCUAUACUGGCUAAUCAAGUGUUUUAAAAACUGACAUCAGAUUUCUUAAUGUCUGUCAGAAGAGACUAAUUCCUUAAAUGAACUACUGUUAUUUUUUUUAAAUCAAACAUUUCAUUUCAGAUUUAAAAAAGGGUAACUUGUUUUUAUUGCAUUUGCUGUUGUUUAUAAAAAUGACUAUUGUAAUGCCAAUAUGACACAGCUUGUGAAUGUUUAGUGUGCUGCUGUUCAGUGUACAUAAACAAAAGUAAUCAAGUGGGAUAUAGCAAAGAGGCUUCCAAGUAUUACUUAACCUCCCUCAACAAGGUAUACCUCAGUUCCACCUCUGCUAAAUUAUGAGAUUGACAACACUAACAAAAUUUGAAUAAUAAAUUGAUCCAUGUUUUGUAAAUGAUGUAUUUCAAAUUCACUGUGUUAUUUAAAAAGGGUAAGCUAUGCUUCAUGCCAACAGUAAAUGGCCAUUCCUAAAGCAGUGUUUUUAGCCUUUUCUUGUACUAGCUUGUUGUGUAAAUAUAAAAAAAAAAAAAGUGCUGUUUAUUGAAACAAAAUAUUUCUUCCUGUUUUAGUUUAAAUUUUUUCUCUUACCUCCAUUUCCCAGAAUAUCUCAUGCAUUUAUUUAACUGAAUGCUAUUUAGGUUUGCUGUGUCUGAGGAAUAUUUGAAAACUUAAGCAUGACUUUUUUUUUAAUUUUCUCUGAGCUAUGACACUGGAAGGCUCUUAAUUCUUAUUCAUUUUUUAAAAAGUCUUUUUCCUAUUUAUGUUUGUGAGAAGGUCUGCCUAGUGUGUUUUCUGUUUCACUAAACAGUAUGCAGUGGGUUCUGUAUCACUGUUUCAGGAUCACCUCAGGAAGCUCAGUUACCCCAAAUUCCUUACUCUGCUUUGAGACUUGCAACUUCACUCUACUUCAAGCUUGGUGCCAUCUUAUUGGAAUACUACUCAAUGUCUGUGAUGCAUAGGUUUGUCCUUGAAUCAGACUAAAAAUUAUAGCCACAGAUUGCAGAUUAUAACUACUUAAAAUUUUCAGGGAUAACUUAGUUAUAACUUAAAAUAUGCAAUGACUAUUUAGAGGUAACGAAUACCAAUGUACGUAGCACAGACGAGCAAAAAAUAAGGAAAAACAUUGAAAUUGCUUUCACAACUCCAACAUUAUUUUAGAGUUUAGGAAGUCAUGCCUUAUAUUUAAAUUAGAAAUUGACUGGUAGGUAGGUGCCAAAGUGCUUUCCAGAAGUACCGUUUAACUACAUUUAUUUGCUGAUCCUUUACCUUUUACACAAAUGUCAAAUAAAUUUUAUAAACCUCGAGAGUACAGAACCAACAGUAGCCAGUACUAUGCUAUGUAUUUCAUCAUUGUAUUUUGUUUUUUAAACCAUGCAUUCGACGACUUUGAAAGAAGCUUUUAAUGUUGCUAUUAAGAGCUCACUGUGAAUGUUACCUUUAAAAAGUUAAUCAGUACAGCCACGAGAUACACUCGUUUUACAUGUGUAUGAACUUAAUCUCUGGGAACAGUAAGAGACAUCGUGGGUGAGCAAGACCUAGGUUGGCAUGCUCUUAGCAGGGAGCGGAAGAAAGGUGCAGCACUGUUGCUCGUGUGUGAUACACCACCCCAAACCGUCUGUCUUGCUGUGUUCGUCGCUUUUAUGCCUAAGGUUUCACGUAGCCAGACGAGCCCUGCUCUGAAGAGUUACUGUAGGGGGCAACUUGUUCAGCUUGGCUAUAAAAAGGAAAAAAAAAAUAGUUUUUGGCCAUUUUUUGGAAUGAUGUUUUCAUUUUGCUUCCAUUUACAAUCCAGGUAUGUUAUUUUACGCACACAGCAGGAUGUAAGAACAGCUGAUGUGAACAAACAAGAAUCCAUUCGUACUUCACCGAAGACUUCUGUCUCCUAUUGAGUUUUAACCCUUUGCUAGCAAAAGUGGAAUAAAUGCAGGUAGUUUAAUAAUAUUAUUCAAGAUUUGAUAGGAAAAUUGGCCAUGAGUAAAACUUGCAUCACUUAUUAUCCUUUCAACUUCAGCUGCUGUGGAUUCUAGCAGCAAAGUGGUGGGGACUCUGGUGGUGUUGCUAAUGCUCUUUGCAUCUGCAAAUGAUGUACAGCAGUCACUAAGCCUGGCAUCAGGAAGACAGGUAAUUUAUCUUCAUAUUCUAAAACCACUUUUGGAUACCCCUAACUGUUUGAAUAUUGUACUACUUGGAAUUUUAACAGCGUAAAUCAGUAUCACUGUGAAAAGGAUGUUCAUAGUAUAAAUGCUGUGGAAUUGGAAAAACUAGUACCCAUUGAGCUGUUCUGGUACAAUGGUUUUGCAGGGCAUUUUAAUACAGGUUUUUGUUUUCCUUCUAGCGCAGUAAACGUAGAUAACGUGCGUGUUGUCAGAAUGCCUGAGCCAGCAUUUUACCGGUGUAAACGAGGGCAGGAUUAAGUAAGAUUGAUGCCAGUGGCACUAUUUUGGCAUUAUUUACUAGCAGACAUGGUGACCGUUGUCACUUCAUGUACUUUCGCACGUCAGGCAUUUAGCGUGGGGGUACGUACGGGCACCGACCGUCUGCUCCAAAGGCCGCCUUGUGCUUUGGCUCAUGAGGAAAAAAAAAGCCAAUCCAUCGCUCUUAAUUUUCAGCAAAGUCUACUUAACUGAUUGCUGCACGACUGCCACAGAACUGAUAAAUUAGCUAGUUCUUGGCUUCGCCAGAAGAUUAAGCCUUGCAUUACUUUGUGCUAGAUGCUAAGAAGUUUCUGUAUCACGUACCCCCGACUCCUUUGCACUUAGCACUACACGUACCAUGGCAUUUCAGAACGGAGAGCGUGCCCCGUAGCUGUUGGAGUUGUUGAACUAGCAGUAUCAUUUGUGGUGGUAUUCUAAAACUACAAAACUACAAAAUUGGGACUGAAAUUCACCACUUUGUACCUUCUAUUUGAGAUUUUUUUGAAAAGUCUUCAAAUGCCAGCUUUUGGUAUGCUAAUUAAAAUGUAACCAGACAGUAACAAGACAUUAACAGUAACAAGACAUUUCCUGUUCGUAUUGGCGUUCAACAGAAUCAGUAGGGUUACCAGUUUGCUCUUUUUCCAGCUUCUUUUUUAACCUUUUUAAAUGCGUUUAUUUUUAUUAGGAACACUUGGUACAAAAUGUGGAAAGCUGUAACAUAGGUUUAUGGGCAAAAUGAUUCAAGUAGCAUCCUUGAUGGAACAUCAUUUACCUCAGAUACUCAACCAGCAGGUUUUUUUUGGUUUUUUUUUGUUUUUUUUUUUUUUUAUGCAGUUUCAGUCCAUAUACUAUUCGUUACCUCUCAAGAUUUUGGUAAGCAAUUAUUUUAACUCUACUCUUUGUAUUUGUCAGUGUUUUGGGCACAGGUUGUUGUACUACUGUCAACAUGUACUUGCUGUUUUUCUGCAAGUACUGAAAACAAACCAACCCCCCCGCCCUCAAUAAAGUGAUUGUUAAAUAUUGUACAAAUAAAAAUGUAUGCUCUUUCUCCCCAUUUCCCCAAAAAGUUAAAAUAAAAAAUGUGACUACUA